CUAUAUAAAUGCCAUUCAUUUUCCUUUCAUAUAUAUAUAUAUAACACAUACAACUAGUAGACCUUUAUUGACUUCCACAGAGUUCUAGCUUGUGAAGAAAUGGGGGACUUGGAUCAUCACCACACCUCCAAUAAUGAGGAUAAAAAAGAAGCAACAAAUCCGGAUUCAAAGCCAGAAUUCUCUGAAGAUGAAGAAAUGCUCAUAGCUAGGAUGUUUAGAUUGGUUGGAGAGAGGUGGUCUCUGAUUGCCGGAAGAAUUCCGGGAAGAUCAGCAGAAGAGAUUGAAAAAUACUGGACUUCAAGAUAUACUUCAUCAAGUAAAAAAUCAUGACUUAGCUGGUCAUGCUUAUAAGUCCCGUGUUAAGGUUUAAAAACUGGUAGAAAAAAAAAAAAAAAAAUCCGCAAAUCUAAGUUUGCGUAGUUUGUUUUAGCAUGCAUGGGCGCGUUAGCCUUUUUUUUUCGUUUCGUAUAUAGGAUUCAAGUGAUGUAUUAAGAUGAUUUAGACCUACCAUGUUGUUGUGCAUAGUUUGUUUAGCAUAUGAUUAAUAUAUAGUUGUGUAAUUGUAAGCCUUUUACACACUAUACACGUCUAGAUUUAAAUAUUUUAUGUUUUCAGUUCAAA